GCGGUGCUCGCUGCUGCUUGAGCAGUUAGGAGGGGUGGGGUCUUGAGAAAUGGCGGCGCUCAGCUUUUCCGACGGCGAUCCGACUGUACGCACGCUGUUGCGGCGCGUGCUGGAGACGGCGGAUUCGCGCACUCCGAUGAGACGCCGGAGCACUCGGAUCAAUGCACAAAGAAGACGGUCUCAAACGCCAUACUCUAACAGGCAGGGUAGCCAAACACAGACAAGUGCUAGGAAGCAAUCCCAUGGAGCUAGGUCAGUCGGCAGAUCCACUCGUGUUCAAGGUCGUGGGCGCCUGGAGGAACAGACACCCCGGACGCUGCUAAGGAAUAUCUUACUAACCGCCCCAGAAUCUUCCACUGUGAUGCCAGACCCAGUGGUGAAGCCAGCACAAGUACCAGAAGUGGCCCGGUCCUCCAGACGGGAAAGCAGUCGGGGAAGCCUGGAGCUACACCUUCCUGAACUGGAGCCCCCCUCAACCCUGGCUCCAGGUCUAACAGCCCCUGGCAAAAGGAAGCAAAAACUGAGAUUAUCAGUAUUUCAGCAGGAAGUGAACCAGGGGUUGCCUCUCUCCCAAGAGCCGCGUAGGAGUAGGAGUGCUGAUGUUUCAUCCUUGGCCAGCUCCUUCAAUCUCACCUUUGUUCUACCUGGUCAGCCAGAGACAGUGGAGAGACCUGGUCUGGCUCGAAGACGUCCCAUCCGCCAGCUUGUGAAUGCUGGUGCUCUUUUGCAGGAUCUGGAAGACAAUUCCUUAGACUCUGCUCUUCCAGGUGACAGUCACAGAAUACCUGUUGCUGCUCUGCCAAUGGAUGUAGGCUUGGAAGACACACAGCCUUUCUCACAGUCCUUGGCUGCCUUUUCCCUUAGUGGGAAACAUUCUCUGCCCAGCCCUUCUCGCCCUGGGGUUGAAGAUGUUGAAAGAGUUGUGGGCCCACCAAGCUCGGGGACCAGGCUGCAAAGCCGGAUGAGCAGAACUGGCUCUGCUGCCUCUCCUUUCCCCUUCCUGGAGCCACAGCCUCAGCCUGCAGAACCGAGAGAAGCAGUGGGAUCCAACGAGGCUGCGGAGCCCAAGGAUCAAGAAGGACCUUCAGGGUCUGAGGAAACUUCUGCUGGGCCAGCAAAUGGAGAAUUAUCCUCCAGCACACGGGACUCACUCCCAGCUGCACAGCCACCCCCGUCACCUGGAGUUGCAGUCCUACCUUCAGAGCCCCUGAAGUCUGUGACAGCCAAGUGCCCAUCCAGGACCCAAACUGCAGGUCCUAGGCGCCGCCAAGACCCCCACAAGGCUGGACUGAGCCCCUAUGUGAAGUUCUUCAGCUUCUGCACUAAGAUGCCCGUGGAGAAGAAGGCUCUUGAGAUAGUAGAGAAGUGCCUAGACAAGUAUUUCCAGCACCUUUGCAAUGACCUGGAGGUAUUUGCUGCUCAUGCUGGCCGUAAGACUGUGAAGCCAGAGGACUUAGUGCUGCUGAUGCGACGGCAGGGACUAGUGACUGAUCAAGUCUCGCAGCAUGUGCUCGUGGAGCGGUACCUGCCCUUGGAGUACCGGCAACAACUUAUCCCUUGUGCAUUCAGUGGCAAUUCUGUCUUCCCUGCACAGUAGGGCCAGGCCUUCCCUGGUGCCUACUCUUCCUACCUUGGGAAUCUUGAACCCUACACAAUCAUGAAGGUUCCCUCAUCUCCUAGCACCAAGAAAGUCUCACAAAUGGGUUCUUCUGCUUUGUGGUGCAUGUCUUAGGGUCUGCCCAGAUCGCCUCCCCCCAGCCUGGAAAAGAAUAGGAAUUAAAGACUUUAUACUAGAAGAAAGU